CGGAGAAACCGGAUCCGCCGCUGACAACAACAACAAACACAAAGAUGUCUCGAGGAACGCCGAGCCCCGGUCGGUGAGAUAUGCCGGUAACGGAGCGGAGAGGAUGCGGCGCGUGCUCGAGCUGCUGGCGCGUGCUGCUGCUCGCUGCAUCCGCGCUCGUGCUGCUGGCGGAGAGAGCGGCGUUGGUCUGCUGUGUGGGCUUCUACCUGUGGCAGGAGGAGCUGUGUUUGGCCGGACUGACCUUUGCCCUCUUGUUGCCGGGGUCACUGGUGCAGGUGUUGAGUUUCAGGUGGUACAGGGCUGACGGAGACAAACGGACGUGCCACAAUUUCAUCAUACACACAUUUCACCUGGGCAUCUUCAAAAGGUUUUGGGACUGUAGUGUGUGUGAAUGGACGGCUCAGGGCUCGUCGCAGUCGCAUGCGCAGGAGGUGAUGCAGCAUGCGGAUGUGUCUGCUCUGCGUCUGCUGGAGGUUUUGUUGAUGACUCUACCGCAGACCCUCCUGCAGUUGUACGCUCUCACCAUUACCGACUAUGGCCUCUCAUCUCCAGUUGCGCUGUGUGGCGCCGUGUGUUUGCUCUCGCUGUCCUGGGCGCUGGUGCUCUACAGCCGGGCCUGUUGUUUGAUCCGUCCCGGGCAUUUGCAGAUGCCGCCUGCGGCGCUCCUGUGUCAGCUGCUGUGGAGGAUGGGCAUGUUGGCCGCCCGCUUCACCAGCCUCGCCUUGUUCACCCGCACCUUUGGCUGCUGGGUCAUCGGGGUCAUGGCGUCUCAUUGGUUGAUGGCUGCGCUGUGGUUGGUCUCGCAGCAGACUGACAUAUAUGUAGGUCAGUGGUCAUGGCGGGUGUUUAACUUCAUCCUGGGUGGCGUGCAUGUGUUCCUGUUUCUCAACGUGAAGGACGGCCCGUCCCGCUUCCGGAUGGCUGGAUUCUACACGGUGAUGCUGCUGGAAAAUGCUACACUGCUAUUGGCUGCGUCUGAUAUCCUGACUGAUGCAUCAUGGGAUAGCCUGACCGUCCCCACUGCUGUGCUGUGCAGCUUUCUACUCGGUUUGACAUCUCUGAUGUUGUACUAUCGUUUCCUGCAUCCCAAAUCCACUGAAAUCUCUCUGGGAUUGCGUCAGCAUGCACACGUGGGUCGUGAGUGUCUCCAGCAGGGCGAUUCGUCCUUCUCUCUGGGAGACAAAAGUCUUCCUCCGGCCCCUCUUCCCAUCCUUUUUCCUUCAUCUCAUCCUUCCUUUUCCCUGUCUGGGAUUCCCGGCUCUCUGCUGGAGCAUCCCGGGAGCUGUGGCGUGAAGCCGGACGGCGAGUGUCGGCACCAUCACUGGCUGCUGAUUCGCCUCGCCCUGAAAACCGGCGACCCGGUUAAGAUCAACGGAGCGUAUGGAGCAGGUGGCGUGUCUGGGAUUCUAGUGAUGGAUCGUAAGGGAGAGAUCAUAGAGGACGGGUGCGUGUCCACCUCGGAAAGCCGGGACGAUACGAUGGCGCCGCUGUCCGACUGCAGGGAGGAGUUUGAAAGCGUGAGUGAAGCCAGAGAAGAAGACGACGCGGAUGACAGUCUCGAAAUGGAGAGCCCGUUAGAGUCGCCCGCGUCGGAGUGCAAACGGAGCUCGCCGGAGGGAAAGUCUGUUUUUGGGGACAGUCCUGAGCCUAAUUAUUGCCCUACCGAAUCCAGCUCUACUUUAUACUUUAGCGCCGACCCACAAUCCCCCAGCAGCUCCAGCAACCCGCGUCUGGAUCGCGAGACGCCCUUCAGUUUCGGUUCUGGAACCGGAUUGGAAACACUGGAUGAGUUGAGCCCCAUUUCCACAGACGGUGGCCUGCACAGGGAUCUCGUCCGGGGGCUUCUAGGCCGAGGGGGACCCUGUUACACCUCCGCGCCAGGAUUGAACGGGCAAGGGCUUCCAGAGGGUUCUGGGACGCACCUCAGAGGCCCCCGCAGGCAGGUGGUUCUCUCCCGCAGGGGUCCAGAAGAGGAUGGUGGGUUUUAACAGCAUACAGACUGCAGCUUUAAGUGGUGGUUUUCCAGGCAACAUGAGCAACACUGUUGCAAUGUGGGCGUGUCUUUAUGCAAAUGAGCUUCAGUGGCAACUACCAAUGAGAGCGAAGAUGAUUUGAGUCGAGAAGAAGUGUGUAAUUUGUCUUUGCCCACAUUCAGGGAUGUAAUUUAAAAAAUAAUUUGUGGAAAACUUGUCGGCAAUGAGUUUCAUCCAUGCAAAAAUGCUCAUCUUGUGAUGUGAUGCAAUUUCAAUACUGCUUCCCUUCCAGAAUGUGAAUUUUUAGUGGUGGGAAAACACAUGUGUAUAUAACACACUCCUAUUCAAAAGUUUGGGGUUGGUAGAUUUAUUUUAUUUAUUUAUUUUCUGAAAAAAUGCUCUUUGCUCGCCAAGACUGAAUCAAAAAUACAGUAAAAACAGUAAAAUUGUGAAAUAUUAUUGCAAUUCAAAAUAACCGUUUUCUAUUUGAAUAUAUUUUAAAAUGCAAUUUAUUUCUGUGAUGCAAAGCUGAAUUUUCAGCAUCAUUACUCCAGUCUGCAGUGUCACAUGAUUCUUCAGAAAUCAUUCUAAUAUGAUGAUUUGCUGCUCAAGAAACAUGAUUAUUAUCAUUAUGUGGAAGUUUUGCUGCUUUACUUUAUUUCAAGAUUGAAUGAUGAAUAGAAAGUUCAAAAGAACUGUAUUAAUUGAAAUAGAAAUCUUUUGUAACAUUAAUAUGUGUAUGCUUAAAAAAUAAUAGUUUUACAGUCUGCAUACAACUGCUUAUUGACUCUAUCUGAACAGGGCAUUAAUUUAUAAAAUACAAGCAGCUGAAACUUGAACCUGGAUAUGAUAUUUAAGACAUUAGAAUUGAGUUAAACAUAUGAAGGAACAAAAACAAUGUGAAUGUUUACAAUUCUGUUUGUUAGUUUUUAGUUCUUUUAGUGUCUCUCUGUUUAUGUUCAGAAUGGACUGCAGUAUAUACUGCAAGUAUGUAAAAUAGUAUGAAGUGAGCAACGAUAAAUGAUCACAUGACCUCAUCGCAUCGCAUGUUAAAUUAACCGAGCGGCAUCUAGUUAUCAUCUAAGAAAUCUAGUAUCUAGUUAUCUGAAAAAAAAAACGGUUGUCAGUCCAAACUAUUUAUUUAAAGAGGAGAUAAAUAUGCAUUUCAUGCAUAUAGAAAAUAAACAUACUUUUUACUAUAUAGUCUACUGCAUGUAUGGAAGUAAGCCAUUCUGAACAUAACCAAUAAAAAUCCACAUGCUGUUGGUUGGAGCCGAAAGCACAAUCUUCCUGUGAGCUGCAGGUGUUCAUUGUACGUCGUAUCCUCUCAGACUGUGAUGUAAAUCCACUCUUAUGAAGGGCUGCGGUCUGGAUUAUCAUUCUUUGGCACAUAGUGCCUGAUGCAGACAAAAAUAGAAACAAAACUCAACACAAUCGGACUGAAUAUGUAGAUUAGCGGAUAAUUAAUAAGAGUUUUGUCUCGACGUCCUUGCAUAAAAAUAUCUUUUCUGCUGGUCAUUUGCUUUGUCUUAUCCACAGAUCUUUGGUUUUGCCUUUCAAAGGAUAAUUUUGUUAAUACAUUUUUCAUAUUUUUGUACAUUUCAGGUUUCAAAAACUAACCUUAACCCCAAGGUAAUAUGAAUUAUUUCCCUGGUCAUUUUGGGCUUUUAAAGUGUUACGAUUGCACCCUAAUUUCGAAAUGUUAUUUAUUUAUUUUAAUACAUUUUAAUUAUUUAUUUAAUUUAUUUAUAUUCCAUUUAAAUUUAAGUUUAUAUAUAUUAUUUUUUAUUUUUUACAUUUUAUUAUUCAUUGAUUUGUUCAUGAAUUUAUGAAAUAUUUAUAAAGCUGAUGCGUGGUGCUACUGUAACACAACUGUUUUUGGUUUGAGCGCAUCUUUAAAAUUCUGUACAAAUGACAUCUCAAAAAAAAAAAAUUAUGAAAGGUAAAGAUAUUGUAUCUUUGAUGCAUUUGCCUUGGCCAGGAGCUCAAGGGUCAUGCUUGUUUCAGGGGUAUUUUUGUGAAUAUCCACUGGAGUGGUUUUUCACUGUUUGAAGUGCUCACUUGUGUGUGUGUUUUUCAUUGUUUUUCAUGAAGGCAUUUUGAGAGUGUGUAUACUAUCUAAUAAUUGUUAUUUGCAUGCAUUUUUCUGAAAGAUGUCUGUGCUUUAGCAGUAGUGCGGGGCUGUGUCCCUUAACAGGUCAAUAUUUGCAAUAAUUUCAAUGCAAAUUCAGCCAUACGAUUAUAGAGGUUAGCAGGUAAUGGCAGUGAAAGUUUGUUUGGUUUCCUGGAUGUGGACUGUUUGCUCUUCUGGUGAAUUCCAUUUCCUCAUUAAAUUAAUUUCACAGGAAUUAUGAACUUGUUUUAUGAUGUCUCCACUUGUGAAAUGUCAUCAAGCUUAUCUGAACCGUGCAUAAAUAAAAUA